CCUUUGCGUAUACACUCUGCCUUUGGAAAGGGUUAAGAAAAAGGAGAAGAUGGAGCCCAGCUUCCUAGAAAGGCUCCCGAGAAGGAGGGAUGCCAAAAGGACCUUCCUGUGUUGUUAUUGCUAUUCUUCUUAUUCUGCCUCCUUCUCUCCCUCCCUUCUGGGGAUGCUGAGGCCUCCUUUGCUCAGAGACACACACAGAGAGACAUCUUUGGGAAGGGGCAGAGGUGCUGCUUGCAGGGCGUGCUGGAGGGGGAGAAGCCUGUCCCCUGGCUUGAGAAUGAAUCCACCUUCUGGGUGACCCGUCUCUAUCCUCUAAAGAUCCCUAAAGAUCUAGUACUGCGCCCUUUCCUAAAGAUUUUGCGUUUUACAGGGCCAAAGCAGCCUCCCUCUAGUUAAGAGGCACGGAGCAAAUCUGUAGAUCCAGCUCCAUUGAGGCGAAAGAGAAAGAGGCCUCUUCGAUGUCUGGAGGGUCAGGGAUGGCAACCGUAGGCUUCCAAUUUCAGCCUUUAUUCACUCACGAGUUGCCUGCAGGAAUUAAACUGGAAGAGGCAGAAGCAGCAGAUUAUUCAAUUGGAGAAGAACAAGGAGACAAAGGCCGCCAUUUUGUGCAAGCUGGGACGGCCCAAGGCUUUUCCAAAGGUCCACCACUGCUACAGAUUAAACAGGAACCCGAGGAAGGUUUGGCCCAACACUGGGAAAUCCAGUGGCAUGACUUUUUGAGGGGCCUGCAGCUGCCUCAAGCAGGAUGGCAUAAUCCGCAGCUUCGAUGGGGCGAUAAGGUCUCCAUCAGAGAGGUAGCCCAAAGUGACCGGUGUCUUAGAGCGCAGAGGUUGACGCAAAUCUCGCCAGAUCUCAGCGCGGAAGCCCCAAAGAGCCUGCAUGCCAGAGGGAGGGAAGAUGCCAAGGUGGAAAGGGGAACUGUCCCGGGUGACAUUAGCGCCGAAAUCCAGCGUAAACGCUUCAGACAUUUCUGCUACCGGGAGAUGGAGGGACCCCGAGAGAUUUGCAGGCGGCUCCGGGAGCUGUGCUGUCAGUGGCUGAAGCCGGAGAAGCACACCAAGGAGCAGAUGGUUGAGAUGCUGGUCCUGGAGCAGUUCUUGGCCGUCCUGCCUCAGGAAAUGCAGGGCUGGGUCAAGGCAGGGGGUGCAGAGAGCAGUGCCGAAGCAGUGGCCCUGGCAGAGGACUUCCUGCUGAGCCAGGAAGAGGAUGAGCCUCAGGGAUGGGAACGGAAGGUACCUGAGGAGGAAAAAAGGGAGACUGCUCUGGGUCUCCUCUCACCUUUGGGUAUUCAGCCAGGACCUUUAUGCAAGGAGGAGGAGGAGAAUGAAGAUGCCAGUCUGCUUGCCAGUGGGGCGCGGCCUCUGAUUUCCUGUGGAUCAUCUCUUCAUCCUGCUCCAGAGCCAACUCAGGGACCGUUGGUCUUUGAGGAGGUGGCGGUUUACUUUGCAGAGGAAGAAUGGGCCUUGCUGGAUCCGGACCAAAGAGUUCUGUACAAGGAGGUCACGUUGGAGAAUUAUGGGAAUAUGGCCUCAUUGGGACUUUUGAUUCCCAAACCAGACCCUGUCCCCUGGCCGGAAGGAAAGGAAGAUUUAUUCACUCAAGACCCUGAGGAAACAGGAAAAGGAGGUUUUGCAGCUGCAAAUGAGUUCAAAAAGAACUCCUCACGCGCCCGCGCACGGGAAUCCCCAACCCCAUCUGGAAGACACGACACCCAACAGUUAUUCCCCACGAGGAGAUGA